AUGUUUUCCACGUUGGUGGAGAAUUUCCAAGAGAAUGAGCCUCUUUUCGACCACCCGCUGCUCUUCCCUGCGCCUUCCGAGUCCGAGAUCGCCCAUUUCGAGGACGACAGGCUGCUCCAGGGCACCAUCGAGUCUGCCGUUUGCCAUCUCACGUCUCCCGGAUCGAUCGACUACCAGUUUCUCGUCGACUUCUUUCUGUCGUACAGGGAGUUCAUAGAACCAUUGCCGCUGCUUGAGCUGCUGCUCUGUCGACUCACGUGGGCCCUCAAGCGGGCCAACAACAUUUCUCCCUUGGACGACAGUACACAAGCUCCGCCGAUGGGGCAGGCGUUCUACUCGGCGAUUUUGGUGCGCACGUUUGUGAUGCUGCGCCACUGGCUGCUCAACCAUUUUCCCGACUUUGUCAAGGACAGGCGUCUGAGACAGCUGCUGUGCGGGGCCCUCAACGAGAUCGCUAAGCGGGACGAGUUCCGCGGCGAGCCCGAUUCGCUGUGCACGAAGGUGAUCGUCGACCUCAAGAAGCUGUAUGCACGCAUGUGCAGCACGUACUGGGACACCGGCGACGUGGUGGACGGUCUGGUUGAUAAGCUGAAUGCGCACGAGAACGCCCGCAACAUGCGCGUGAGCGCGUUGGGCUUGCAGCAGCUCGGGGACAAGAACGUGCGCCGGUCGCAGAUCUUGUCCGUGGUGGAAGGCAGCGGUGCCGACCCCGAGGAGACUGCAAUUUUGCAUCCCAAGGCGUCGCUCAACUGUCUGGUGAGCCAGUCGCCGGUGUACGACGAGAUUUUGGGCGACGUCAAGGCCACGCCAAUCCAGGGUGUACGUAAGCUGAGCCAGUUGAUGGAUCUGGAAGACAAGGAGAACGGGUUCUGUCUGAACGGCAAGGUAGACGUUUUCACAGAGAGCAAAGUGGACAGGAUCACGCCGACGACGCCGCUGAAGAAACUGGUCGAGCCAAACAGCAAACCCACACACGGUCAGCGCAAGACACGAAAACUGUUUCAUCUUUUCGGCAAGCCGGAAACAACGCGUGCGAAGACAGUGGUGAGCGAAAUUCCAUUGUUGCGGGCCGACAACGUCGACCUGCUCAGUUCCAGAGUUAUUACCGAGUUCGGCUACUACCAGGAACAAGCACAAUCGCGCCGAUCGAUUCCCAAGGCAGCGGCCGGGCACCCUGCACGUGACUCGUCAGAGCUGUUCAAUGCUGAAGUUUACGACGAGUCACCGACAAAGGGGAAGGAAAAGCGCACGGCAGACGACACGGAGGAGAUUCUCAACGCAAUCAACCACUCGAACGGGUCGUUUAGGACGCCGUCGGUGAGCAUCAACUGGUCAUCGUUUGCGGACGGCACAGUGAUGGAGGCAGACGUUGAGCGGGUUUUGGAGCACGAAGCACAGCCGAGCGAGACCUCGGCCAAGUCCUAUUUGUCGUACGACUCAGAUCUUUCAUCGCAUCACUCACGGCAGUCCAGUGGACACCACAUGCUUCGAAAGAAGCUAUCGUUUUCCAACCUGAGGAAACAGGAGCAAGAAACCGAAGAGAACGCAGAGGAGGCAGAAGAAAGAGAUUCCGAGACGCCGCAGAUAGACGAUGUGUCCUCGCGGCCGACGCUCUACUUCUACGAACUCCCCUUCUUCGGCACCUCCCUUCCCCAUGAGGACGACUUCGAGUACGAAACAGAAACUGCCUCCAUCAUACUGUCCGGGUCGCACAAUCUUCCGUACCCUGGCAUAUCCCAGAACGCCAUCGCCGAGCUGGCCGCCAUUCCAGACGAAAAAUACACCGACAACCCAGUUAACCACGCGUUGCUCAAGCUCAGAGGGCAACAGCCGGCUGCAGAGCCCCAGGUGGUGUACGGGCUAAACGACGAGCACUCGCAGGAAUCGGAUUCGAGCCUGGACGAGGUCAAGCUGGAGCGCAAGGUCCGCGACCUGUUUAUCCAGCCCGCGGCCACCAAAACAGAGCAGAAGGCGCCUACGCCGUACCGAUUCUCGGUAGCCCGGCGUUCUGUCGCUAGCCACGUUUCCAAAUUCACGCUCCAGUCGCUGUCCAACACGCCCAGCAAGUCCCUUGCCGUUCCCUCCGGGCUGUCUGUCGAGGAGAUCAUGUACAAGGGCACUCACGUUCCGUUUAUUCUGGGCUACGAGUCGCACGUGAUCGCGAAGCAGCUGACCCUGAUCGAGCGCGACUUUCUGCUCGAGAUCGACUGGCACGAGCUGAUUGACCUAAAAUGGGAUAAGCCGCUGAAACCCUACAACUCGUGGCUCCGACUGCUGUUUGACGAGCAGUCCAAGACAGGCCUGCGGCUAAUUACGCUGCGGUUCAAUCUGGCCACCAACUGGAUCAUCUCGGAGAUUCUGCUGUGCAAGUCUGUCGCUCUGCGUGCGCUCACGCUAUCCCGCUUUAUUCACGUCGCCAACAACUGUCUCAAAAUGCAAAACUAUUCCACCGUGUACCAGAUCGUGCUCGCUCUGAACUCGUCCAUCGUCAAGAAACUAAAGUCUACAUGGAAAACGAUGGACGUGGGCGACUUGCUGCUGUUCAAGAAGCUCAAAGACCUGUGCAGUCCGGAGCGCAACUUCGCCAACUUCCGCGCCGAGCUACGCCAGAUUCGUGCGUCCAAAGGCAUCAUCCCGUUCCUGGCGUUGGAUUUGAGCGACCUCACAGUCAACAGCGAGCGGCCGACCACGACCGUCGAGGAAUAUGAACUGAUCAACAUCGACAAGUUCCGCGUCUCAUGCGGUAUCCUCAAGAACAUGCUUCGCAACAUCGAGUACUCGAAGAUCUACAGUUUCCAGAAACACCCGCAGCUGCUGUCCAAGUGUCUGUAUAUUAGCUGUUUGAGCGAGGAGGAAAUGGAUUAUUGUUACAGUCACCUAGAAGAGUGA